GAGCGCGGGAGAGAGGACACAAGCGCUGAGCUACAGGUCUGGGUGCAGGUCGGUAGGCAUCCCAGAACCCUAAAGCCCCUCGCCUGGCACCACACGGACCCUCCCCACUCCAUCCAUCAGCCUCCGCACCUGCCAAGGACCCCAACACCAGCAUGGAUUGCUGUACCGAGAGCGCCUGCUCCAAGCCGGAUGACGACAUCCUGGACAUCCCCCUGGAUGACCCCGGGGCCAACGCGGCCGCUGCCAAGAUCCAGGCUAGUUUUCGGGGCCAUAUGGCGAGGAAGAAGAUCAAGAGUGGGGAGCGUGGACGGAAAGGCCCAGGGCCCGGGGGGCCAGGUGGAGCCGGGGGCGCCCGAGGAGGCGCAGGCGGUGGCCCCAGCGGAGACUAGACCUGAGCUGAGCAUUUUCGAAGUUCUCUAGGAGAGAUGGAUGCCGCGACCCCUUCGCAGUGACGAGACUUCCCUGCCGUGUUCGUGACCCUCCUUCCCACCGCCUCAGCUUCGGGAGCCCGCCCUGCGCCCCCCAACCCCAUCCGUGCCCCCUUUGAGUUUGUUCUGCGCCCUCCUCUCCGCGCCCGCCCGCAUGCAGCGCUGCGUCCUUGGCCGGGGUGCCGCCUGCCCUGGGGCGCACUGCAGAGCUCGCCCUCCUUGUCGCCUGCGGAUGAUCACUUCUUUGGUUUUUUUUUUUUCUUUUAUUAUUAUCUUCUUAUUAUUAUUAUUCUUUUUCCCCAAGUCCUUUCGUUCUGUGCGCAGCCAAAGGGGAGGCACCCUUGAGUCUCUGUGCUGUUCCCACCCCAGCCUCAGCAGCCCUUGGGAUCUGGGGCAAGGAGGAGGGAAGGGAAGAGGGUUUUUCUAUGUGGGGUGUCGGACACCCCUGGCUCGGAUCGGAAGCCCAGUCCCCACUUUGCACCCCAACUCCACGCCUGCCUAUGUCGUGCCCUCCCCUGCUGCGCAGCGCACCCCGAGAGCCGCCUCUCCAACUCUCCCCCAGUUUCUAAGCAAAGGCCAGGAGGCCCAGUGGGGAGGAGUCUGCACGGGCCCUGCCUCCCGCCGGGCUCCUGGGCUGGGGCCGGAAGGGUUUUUGAUCUCGGUGUGUGCAUGUGACCGUGCUGGGUUGGAAUGUGAACAAUAAAGAGGAAUGUCCAGUGUUCA